CUUUGUUCAUACACCGGUACUAUUUCCGGUUCACGUUAGCACUGUUGUCUGCUGAAAUAACGUUACUUGCAUUCUCUGUUGCAAUUACCAUUCCAGCAGCAGCAUAAAUUGAAAAUGCGUACGUACCAAGAGGAGCUCAAAUUUAUUGAAAAGUCCUCACCUAAUUGUUGGCAUAUUAAGAAAGGAUUUGUUGAUAAUAUGAAGGUUGAUGGCUAUUUCUAUGCAAAUCCAUCGUUAGAGAAACUAAUGUUUGAUGAAUUGAAACAGUCAUGUAACAGUAAGGGGUUCGGAGGCUUUUUGCCAGGCAUGAAACAAAUAGCUAAUGUUGCUGCCUUACCUGGUAUAGUUGGGAGAUCAGUGGGCUUGCCUGAUGUUCACUCUGGCUAUGGCUUUGCAAUAGGGAAUAUUGCUGCUUUUGAUGUGAGUGAUCCAAAGGCUGUUGUUUCCCCUGGUGGGGUAGGUUUUGACAUCAACUGUGGAGUUCGUCUACUUAGAACAAAUUUACAUUUGAAAGAUGUGUCUUCUGUGAAAGAGCAACUGGCCCAAUGUCUAUUUGAUCACAUUCCAGUAGGCGUGGGCUCAAAGGGAAUCAUACCAAUGACUGCUCAAAAUCUUGAAGAGGCUUUAGAGAUGGGAAUGGAUUGGUCCUUAAGAGAAGGCUAUGCAUGGGCUGAAGAUAAAGAACACUGUGAAGAAUACGGCAGAAUGCUGCAAGCAGAUCCAUCAAAAGUGAGCAGCAGAGCUAAAAAGAGAGGAUUGCCUCAGUUGGGUACACUGGGAGCUGGCAAUCACUAUGCUGAAAUACAAGUUGUGGAAGAAAUCUAUGAUCAGUAUGCUGCUAAGAAAAUGGGCAUAGAGUUCAAAGAUCAGGUUUGUGUUAUGAUUCACAGUGGCAGUCGAGGCAUGGGCCAUCAGGUGGCUACAGAUGCACUUGUUGCCAUGGAGAAAGCAAUGAAACGUGACCAAAUUGAUGUCAAUGACAGGCAACUUGCUUGUGCCCAUAUCCAGUCUGAAGAAGGUCAAGACUACCUCAAAGCUAUGGCCUCUGCAGCUAACUAUGCCUGGGUGAACAGAUCAAGCAUGACAUUUUUAACAAGACAGGCGUUUGCCAAAAUGUUUAAAACAACUCCAGAUGACCUCGACAUGCAUGUCAUCUAUGAUGUGUCUCACAAUAUAGCCAAAGUAGAAGAGCAUUUCAUUGACAAUAAACAGAAGACACUCUUGGUACAUCGCAAAGGUUCAACACGAGCUUUUCCUCCUCAUCACCCGCUUAUACCUGUAGACUAUCAGCUCAUUGGUCAACCAGUUCUUAUUGGAGGCACCAUGGGAACAUGUAGCUAUGUAUUAACAGGCACUGAGCAAGGAAUGGUGGAAACAUUUGGAACCACAUGUCAUGGUGCUGGCAGGGCUUUGUCCCGAGCUAAAUCUCGAAGAAACCUGGACUACACAGAUGUAUUGUCAGCAUUAGAACAACAGGGCAUAAGUAUACGUAUAGCUUCACCAAAGUUGGUGAUGGAAGAGGCUCCAGAAUCUUACAAAAAUGUAACAGAUGUUGUUGAUACAUGCCAUGCUGCUAAUAUCAGUAAAAAAUGUAUCAAACUGCGGCCUAUUGCAGUGAUAAAAGGAUGAUAUCAACAUAUGUCAUAGUUUUAAGACAAACCCUCUAGGCUUAAUAUGCAAACUUUUUAUUUGAAUCUGUUUUGAACAAAAGUUUUCUGAAGCUUUAGCAAUGAUUUGUUUUAUAUGCCAGUGUUUGAUAACCACACUUACAUUUUAUUCAACUAAAAACCUCACUAUUUAAUUUAAAGUUGUGAAAAUAGUGCAAUGUUCUAUUUUCUAGUUGUUGUUUUUUUCAGUGUUGAUCUGAUGUGUGAAAUUCUAAUUUUUGAGUUCAAUUGUUUUAUCCAUUUGUUUUUUUGUCAAAGGUUAGCAUUAGUGAGGUUGUUUUAUAAAAUUAAAACUAAAAUGUUUAUAAAAAGUUUUUCCAAUAAAACAUAAUUGAAUAUUUCUUAUUGUACUUAUAACAUAGCAUGAUAGCACCACUGUAAACAUUGCAUUUAAUUGUACAGAUGCCAUGCGAUAAUUUCUUUUUGCUGACACAGCUGUAAUAUUCCAUGCUGACCUUUAUGCGAAUUAAUGUAUAAAUAAAAUGAUUAUGUAAUUAUUUACUUGCAAAUAUUU